GGCCGCCCCGGACGUCGCGUCGCCGGGGCUGGCUGCGUAGUUCCGGCGGGAGAAGGGAGGGGUGACAUGCAGAGCAGGCAGCCGCGGCCUCGGGAGCAGCUGGAGCCGGAGCUGCCGGAGCAGCGGGCGGCGGCGGCGGGGGGCCAGGCCUGGCGCGGCGCGCCCGCCAUGGAGAUCGAGAAGGAGUUCCACCGGCUCGACCAGGCCGCCAGCUGGGCCGCCAUCUACCAGGACAUCAGGCAUGAAGCCAGUGACUUUCCAUGUAAAGUGGCCAAACAUCCCAGAAACAAAAACAGAAAUAGGUACAGAGAUGUCAGCCCCUUUGAUCACAGUCGAAUUAAGCUAAACCAAGGUGACAAUGACUAUAUCAAUGCUAGUUUGAUAAAAAUGGAAGAGGCCCAAAGGAGCUACAUCCUGACCCAGGGUCCUUUGCCAAAUACUUGUGGUCACUUUUGGGAGAUGGUUUGGGAACAGAAAAGCCGUGGUGUUGUCAUGUUGAACAGAGUGAUGGAAAAGGGAUCAAUAAAGUGCGCACAGUACUGGCCACAGAAGGAAGAGAAAGAAAUGUUUUUUGAAGAUACAAACUUGAAACUAACCUUGAUAUCUGAAGAUAUAAAAUCAUAUUACACAGUACGACAGCUAGAAUUGGAAAACCUUACAAAACAGGAAACUAGAGAGAUUCUGCACUUUCAUUAUACUACGUGGCCUGACUUUGGAGUCCCAGAGUCACCUGCUUCAUUCCUCAACUUCCUGUUCAAAGUGAGAGAGUCUGGGUCACUGAGCCCUGAGCAUGGACCUGUUGUUGUGCACUGCAGUGCAGGAAUCGGGAGAUCGGGAACCUUUUGUUUGGUUGAUACUUGUCUUCUGCUGAUGGACAAAAGAAAAGAUCCUUCUUCAGUGGACGUUAAGCAGGUCCUUCUAGAAAUGAGGAAGUACAGAAUGGGCCUUAUACAGACAGCAGAUCAGCUUCGCUUCUCUUACUUAGCUGUUGUUGAAGGGGCAAAAUUCAUUAUGGGAGAUGCUUCAGUGCAAGAACAGUGGAAAGAGCUCUCCAAUGAGGAUCUGGACCCACCACCUGAACAUACACCACCACCUCCCAGACCACCAAAGCGAACCUCAGAAAUGCACAAUGGAAGGAUGCAUGAACACACAGAAUUCUUUCCCAAGCGUCAAGUGGUAGAGGAAGAGAUUAGAUGCUCAGUCAGCACUGUGGAAGAGAUGGCUCCAGAUGGCCGAGCUUGUUCAUCUGUGCCACUGAUCACAGACAGCAUUAGUCAAGACACUGAAAUUCGGAGGAGAACUGUUGGUGAAAAUCUGCGUGUCUCACCCCACAAAGAAGAGUCAAUGAAGUCAGAAAACUUGGAAGAGGAUGAUGAGAAUGUGAUGACAACGUGGAAACCAUUUCUAGUGAAUAUAUGCGUGUUCACUUUCCUCACGGCAGGAGCUUAUCUCUGUUACAGGGUAUGUUUUCAUUGAUGGACAUGCCAGCAAGAUUGAGCCUGCAGAAAACACCAACGAUUUGAUCGGUUUGUAAUAAGCUUCUAUGAAAGAAAGCUAAUUGAGGCAUGUGAGCCUUGUCUCAGUGGAAAUAGAUCUUAGGUUGAAACGCUGGAACUUUGGUUAGGGCUUAAAGAGAGAAUUGAUGCACUAGGGUUUAAUCUAGCCCUGUGGUCCCAAGAACAUAAUAUUCUAAUCUCAGGGCCUUAAAAUAUUCAGGAGUAAGCAGAAAAAAUGCCAAAUAGUCUUGUUUUUCUUAUGUUAUUUUUUCUUUUGUUUUUUAAACUAAAUAAUAGAAUUACAACACAUUGUUGUUUUUAGCCUUUUUUAAAAAGCCAGUCCUUUUUUUUGUGUUUCAGAAAAACUAGGCACAAGUGAAACUUGCUUGUACUCUCCAAGUGUUGUAACCAAAUACAUGACUUAUACUGAUGAGUUCCCAAAAAGGAAAGAGAAACCCACAUAUCUGAAGAAUGUAAACUUUUUGGAAGGGGAGGGCUUUACUUUUUUUUUUUCUUUUUUUUUUCUUUUUUUUUUUUUUGCGCUUCAUCUGUUAAAGACUGAGUUGUGGGCAGUGCCUGUGGUAUUGAUAUAUUUAAUCUUGGCAUAACUGUUCUUAAAGAGCUUAUUGUUUUACAUGUGUUUAUAGAAACAGGCUUCUGCAUUUGCUCAGGGUAUCCCAACAUGGCAAGCUUUCUUUUUCUUUCUUUUUUUUUUUUUGUAUCUCCUCAUUGACUUUUGUUGCACUCUACUUGCACAUAUGCCUAUUUACAUUGUACCAUCCUUUAUAAAGCUGUUUUUACCUUUGUAUUCUGGGUUAGGUGAGGGGAGGGAGAGAAACAGGAAGGGAAAUUCAACCAAAACAUGUCCACCAGCAUUUUACAGCUGUUCAGUUGGCGUUUAGAAGGACCAGUUCUUAAACCUCAUCAUUUGGAAUGUAAAAUACAGUUUCACUCUAAAUGUGCUUUCCGCAAAAUAACAUGCUUUCCGCAAGGGAUAGAGCGGUAAUGUGCUCAGAGUGUUGCGGGUAAUAAUCAGGAAAGCAUUUCAAUAAAUCCAGAGCAAUUAAAGCUGUGGCAGCUUCCUUAAGACAUAAAAAGUUUAACAGAAGACAUGUUGGUCUCUGAACGUAACAGUUGGCUUAUGAUGCAAGCAUUUGUGUGUUCUGCUUUUUUAAAGCAAAGAUUUAAAAUACUGGCUUUAGUUUGGCUUGAAGAUACGCUGUUCAGUAAUUAUUGGACACAGUGGUGUAAGUGGAUAAGCCUUGCACCUCUGCAGACAGGGUUGUUGCUAUUGUAGCAUAAGCUAAGGGAGAUGAGUGGUUUUUGUCCUAAUUCAUGCUCUAUACCACACCGCGUCUAAAUUGUUUCACUCAGUUGGUGGGCCUGUUAAGCAGGCCUAGGACUUGAAUAAUGUAAAGUGCUUGUAAAUAAGGAUUUGGGUGCAUUGGUAGAACUGUGACUGGAAGUCUGCAUUGCACUAAACCUUCUUAGUCAAUGCUCUUCCUCUCAUUAGUACCAAAUUAUUAUAGUUUAAACAAUAACAGCGAAGAUUUCUUUGCUCACGUCAUGGGGAUAGGAGCAAACUCACUACUGAAAGUUGUAGUAAUUGCAACUAAACCAUGACAACUGAUUUGCAACAGUGUUACUAAUCAGUUCUUUUUAUUUUUUAAAUACCUUCUAGAUUUAUAGCACUUAACCACCAUUCUCAGUACAAACAUCAUUAUGGAGUAUCUUGUGUAAGUCUUUCCACUCCAUAUUUAUUUUUGCAAAGCUGUCUGUAGGUGUAGCUCUUUUCCUUCAAUGAAUAGGAUGGUGACUGGGGGGUGGGAGUUGCUUCUAUUUUGUGUUUUGUUAAGCUUGCAUCAAGGGCUUCUCAAAAGUACAAUAAUAAAUCCUCAGGUAGUACUGGGAAUUAAUACUUUACCUGUGAGACUGUUGGUCAGACCAGUACUUGAAAGGAGGAAUGUUGUAAUCAGUCAAUAUUUAGUAAUAUUAUUGGAAACAUGAAAAAAAAUGAGUAUAGAAAAAUGGUAAUAUAUAAUGGCUCAUCUGUGUAUUUAAGAUACGGUAUGUGAUUGCUUUGUCCCCGCUAUUCUCUCCAUCAUCUGGUAGAAUAUUGUUCUAAGGCAACAUUUGUACCCCAUUUGUAUUAAAAUGCAUGUAAAGUCUUCUAGUGUCCUGAUUAAAUACCACGUGCUUGAAAGAUGAAAGAACUUAUAUUUCUGCUUACUGAUGUGCCCAAAUUAUAUUUGCAUGAACUGAUCAUUAAGUGGCUGUGGUUCAAAGGGUGUUGCUGAAAGUAUCUUCGUUCAGCGAUGGACUGAUUUGGUGUUUAUCAGAUAACAUGUACUCGCCUAAUACUUGGCAUGACUUCCUAUUGAAUUUCUGCGUACUCAGUGUAACCCAGUUGUUUAGCAUGGUUCAUUUCAGCUGAGUAAUUAUAGUACAGACAUUCCAAAGCGUUUGGUAAGCCAUAUUCACACCUCGCCUCUGGUCACUUUAGGCACAGAAUAGCUCGAUUUCAGGGUAUGACUUGCUGUGCUGCCUUCAAAGCUGCGUUGGAGGAGAGAGAGAAGGAAGCCUCUUCUGCAAGAUCUCAAUAGCAUGCUUUGAUCUUCAGAAAUACAGGCUCCUGAAAUGGUGGCCCAUUUCCAAAAAAUAAAAAUAAUAAUAAAAAAAUACUUGCUAUACUGUUUGCAAGGGGGAAUAUAUUAAAUUUUAGGCUUGACAGGAAAGCAAAGCAUCCUUCCUUUGAAUCCAGAAAAAUUCACUUGUAUUGUGCUUACAAGUUAUUCUAAGAAAAAAGUUUCUGCACAGAAAAAGCUUAGAAUAUCUCCCUUUCUGCCACUGUACUUUACUUCUUUAAUCUGUUCCAACUCCAGGAGAAUUUAUACUGUCCUGGGAGAGACAGUAGAAUAUCCAGUAAGCCCAGUGAGGUGUGUAUAAGGCUUAUAAUACUGAACUGUAAACAUUUUUGUUUUGAUGUCCUGUAUAUGUAUGUAGUAGUUUGGGUGUGUAUAUACAGUAGCGUUUCAAAGUGGGUGUAUUGGUUAACCUAUUCUUGGAAAAUGGACAAAUAUCCAUGUUAAACUUGUUAGAAAGUUAGUGAGCUGCUCUGCUAUAUGCCUUAAGCAAAUAUUUACUCAUCAGGUCUUUCUUUUUUACAGAUUGCCAUAGAAUAAACUUUUUUAAAAAAAUAAAAAACAAAAAAGCUAAAUGUUUUGGUAUAAUACAUUUUCAGGUAUCUUGUCUUUUGUGUAAGCCACUGCAAAGACCUCACAGGUUAUAGUAAAAUUGUACAGUUUUUCAAAUUCCCAUACAAGUUUUCAGUUCUCAUUUUAGUUGUAACAAUAAAAUUCUUUUUUUAAAGAACCUA